CUAGUACAUAACACCAACACGCACUGUCUGCAGCGAGAGGCAAUCAUUUCUGAUUCACAUUACUGCUGACCCCUACUCUCUUGGAGCCACGAACGGCCAAUAUUUCAUCGAGUGUGUUCUUCGAGGUAGACUGAAUUACUGCGUCUAUCUUUUUUUUUUUAGCCUGACUUCUGUGUAAAUUAACAGCUGGAAAGUUGCUUCCCUUUUGUCAACGUGGGCAUCAGUUCCAUGAGCAUGGCGGAUUACUUAAUCAGUGGUGGUACAGGCUACGUCCCUGAAGAUGGACUCUCAGCUCAGCAGCUCUUCUCGAUUGGAGAUGGCCUUACAUACAACAGAUCUGACCAACAGUGCGUUGUCUCCGAUGGUCAUACGGCUGAAGAGCUAUGCUCUAAAGGAGAUGGGUUGACUUACAAUGACUUCCUGAUUUUACCUGGCUUCAUCGACUUUACCUCAGAUGAAGUGGACCUUACAUCGGCGCUGACCAGGAAGAUCACGUUGAAGACCCCUCUCAUUUCCUCCCCCAUGGACACUGUCACAGAGUCAGCCAUGGCGAUUGCUAUGGCGCUAAUGGGAGGCAUUGGUAUCAUUCACCACAACUGCACACCAGAAUUCCAAGCCAAUGAGGUCCGCAAGGUUAAGGUUAUGAGGUUUGAGCAGGGUUUUAUCACUGACCCAGUUGUGAUGAGUCCACGCCACACAGUUGGGGAUGUGUUUGAGGCCAAAGUAAGACAUGGAUUCUCUGGAAUACCUGUCACAGAGACAGGCAAAAUGGGCAGCAAACUGGUGGGCAUAGUCACCUCCAGAGAUAUCGACUUUCUUUCUGAAAAAGACCAUGACAAACCUUUGGAGGAGGCAAUGACAAAGAGGGAGGAGUUGGUAGUGGCUCCAGCCGGUGUUACACUGAAGGAAGCCAAUGAUAUUCUGCAGCGCAGUAAAAAGGGCAAGCUUCCCAUUGUAAAUAAUAAUGAUGAGCUGGUGGCCAUUAUUGCCAGGACAGAUCUGAAGAAGAACAGAGACUACCCGCUGGCCUCCAAAGACUCACGCAAACAGCUGCUGUGUGGCGCUGCCAUUGGCACCAGGGAGGACGACAAAUACAGGCUGGACCUGUUAGUGCAGGCUGGGGUGGAUGUCGUCGUACUGGACUCUUCGCAAGGCAACUCGGUGUAUCAAAUCAACAUGAUAAAUUAUAUUAAACAGAAGUAUCCUGAAUUGCAAGUGGCUGGAGGAAAUGUGGUUACAGCAGCCCAGGCCAAGAAUCUGAUCGAUGCUGGUGUCGAUGCUCUGAGAGUCGGCAUGGGCUGCGGCUCCAUCUGCAUCACACAGGAAGUCAUGGCAUGUGGGCGGCCUCAGGGGACCUCGGUGUACAAGGUAGCAGAGUACGCCAGGCGUUUCGGUGUGCCAGUCAUUGCUGACGGUGGCAUUCAGACUGUGGGCCAUGUGGUGAAGGCUCUGUCUCUUGGAGCAUCGACUGUUAUGAUGGGCUCGUUGCUAGCGGCAACCACUGAGGCUCCAGGAGAGUACUUCUUCUCAGACGGUGUGCGGCUGAAAAAGUACCGUGGAAUGGGCUCCCUGGACGCUAUGGAGAAGAGCACCAGCAGCCAGAAACGCUAUUUUAGUGAGGGCGACAAGGUGAAGGUAGCCCAAGGUGUGUCAGGCUCUGUCCAGGACAAGGGCUCCAUCCACAAGUUUGUACCUUACCUGAUAGCUGGUAUCCAGCACGGCUGCCAGGACAUCGGGGCAAAGAGUCUGUCUGUCCUCCGUUCCAUGAUGUACUCUGGAGAGCUGAAGUUUGAAAAGAGGACCAUGUCUGCACAGAUGGAGGGAGGAGUUCAUGGGCUCCACUCUUACGAGAAGCGGCUUUACUGAACGGGUGGAUGGAGUGCAGAUCAGCAGUGCACGUGGCAUGCCCAAUCUAACACUUACCAAAUGUAAUUGCCACUUCUGCUAGAAAUGCACACCACUCACUCUACACCCUGUCUGUCCUUCCCUACAUCAUAUCCACCGUUACACUCGCUCUGAUCCAAGCCAGCUGCUCUGGGGAGAAAAGAGGCAUCGUAGCGAAAUGAAAAUCUUCAAACUGACACCCGACCCUCAGAACACCUGGGAUUUUGCACUCAAGAAGCGGCGCAUCAGGGUUUUCAGAAUGACUUACACAACUGUAUCUUGAGUAUGCAGCUGAUCCCAAUUUUGGGUGCGUGUUGAUAGUAGUGAGAGAAUGAACUGUGCGUGUUUGGUGAAUUAAAUAUAGUGUCUGAAUGUGCGCUAUAGUAUAAAAGGUGUUGGGACAAAAAGUGAAGGUGCACUGUGUUUAUUUGUUCUGUUAAUAUUGGGGAGUCUAAAGCAGCCGUGGUGCAGAUCCCAUCAUCAUCUUUUUUUGGGAUCACGCUUACCAGCACACUCCCUGUCAGAAGCCUCUCACAUCCCAGUUCUUAAACACACUAGUAUGUACGUGCAGAAAACAAGACAAAACACUUGUCUAUGUGCAGUGAGUCGUAUCAUGGCAAUCUUUCUUUAUUUUGCAUUUUAAGUCAUCAGAGGUAUAAGCUACUUAAUGAACAGUAGCUGCUUAUUUGUCAGCACAUAUUGUUUACUUUCUGUAUUGUAGAUCCUGACGUACAAGAUAUUGGCCAUGGCAUUUAUCAUGUCAACUUUGUGUCCUCCAGUGUCCCCUACAAUCAGUAGACAGAACCCAGACCCGCAGGUUUACCACUGUGGACAUUCAUUUUCCCUUCAGAAACAUCUUGAGCCAAAUAAUCAGUUUCUCAUCUCAAUGCAGUGUUCAUAUGUUGAGCAUGGAAGGGACCAAAAGCUGAAGAUCAGGUAUGUUUAAAAGGAAAAAAAAAACUAAAAUAUAUCAAAUCAAUCCAAAAUAGUUCGUGAUGAGGAGAAUGAGAAUUUCUCUGCCUGUAAUUUGAGUACUUUGGAUAAAACAAACUUUAUAUUAAACCUGUAUAGUCUUGGGGGCUUUGAAUUGCGCAUGAGCAAGUGUUUUUGAUAUGCAUGUUUGUUUUUUCACGAAGCCAAACAUGGCUAUAUUUAUAUUCAACUUUAUUGUAAUUUGCAUACAUACUGCCAAGUGUAUUUAAACUUUCUGACACGUAUUCUUUUGUGACUUCAAAACCAAAAUUGGCGCAACAAGUUGCUUGUUACCUUAUUUGUUCAUUCCUGCGUUCUUACAGUGUGGCAUAGGUUCUCUUUGAUAAGUUUAUUUUAUUUGUUUCUUUUUGCCAGAGAAAUGCCUUGAAACGGGGAUGGAUAAAGGCUGCAGAUGACAGCUAAGAGAAAAUGUAUAAUGCUACACACCCUCUCACUUCCUUUUCUGACUUUGGAAACAGUAUCGCUGUGUUAUCGUUCAGCUUGAUGUCCUUUUGGACAGAUGUACAUUUUUUUUAAAUAAAAUGUCCCAGAUUGUAAGAAUUGAGUUGUUUACUGUAACGUGCUAAUAUAUUUUACCCUACUCAGGGUUCACUUCAGUAACAAAAGCGUUGCAAUUGGACAAAUUUGUAAAUGUAUAUGAAAAUAUAUAGAGAAAUGUAUACCUAUAUUCAAUUGGAAAUGAAGGCUGCUUGUUUUCAGUUUCUCAUCUAAAGAGAAUUCAGGUUUUUAAAAUGUCUCAUUUGUAAAGUACUGAGUCCUGUUAGUCCAUCUAAAAAGCACAAAUGUGGUGUUAAGUGAAAUAUUAGUUUUACAGGUUUGUUUUUGUGUUGUACUUUUUUAUGGUUUCUGCUUCAGUAUAUUGCAACAAUAAAGCAGCAGCCAGAACACAGUGGUAGCUUCUUUAAUCAUCAACCAUAACAAUAAGCAAGAGCUUUUUAGAUGGAUGGAAAAUACUCUGUAUUAGGUAUAUAUAUUCGUUAGGGGUUUUUGAGGAAUAUCACUUCAAAACAUGUUUACAGUAAAACACUCAUGGUUCAAUAUGGUAAAGAAGAAUAAAUAAAUAAAACUGUG